AUGGAACAUAUGGGGGGCCACCAUCUCCACCACACUCACGUAGACACCAUCAGUUUCGGCAUCGACCAGAUACUGAAUAAUGUGGAGCAGGGGAGCUGCAUGAUUUCCAACCCCAGGAUGCAGGACCUGGACUACGGCUUGGGGAGCAUCGUCAGCACCGCUUACAACACCAUGACGGGCAACUACAACGGCAACAACGCCGGUGGAUACAACGGCAACGCGUGUAGCAUGGGCUCGCUAAACAGCACUUAUAACAUGAACAUGGGCAUGAGCGUCAACGGGAAUGGUCUUAAUUCGUCGGGGGUUAUCCGUGUGCCCGCGCACCGGCCGCUGAGCAGCGUGCACUCGUCCAUAACCGGCAGCGGAGCCUCGGUGCCAAGUAUGGCAAACAUGGCUUCCAUUAACAACCUCACGGGAUUAACAUUUCCCUGGAUGGAGAGUAAUAGAAGAUAUACCAAAGACAGAUUUACAGGUCACCCCUACCAGAACCGGACGCCGCCGAAGAAGAAGAAGCCCAGGACGUCCUUCACGCGCCUACAGAUCUGCGAGCUGGAGAAGAGGUUUCACCGACAGAAGUACUUGGCGUCCGCCGAGAGGGCCGCCCUGGCCAAGGCACUUAAAAUGACUGAUGCACAAGUCAAAACAUGGUUCCAGAACAGAAGAACAAAAUGGAGGCGGCAGACUGCAGAGGAGAGGGAGGCCGAACGACAGCAGGCUAACCGAAUCCUAAUGCAGCUCCAACAAGAAGCUUUCCAAAAGACUAUAAACCAGCCCGUCACGCCGGAUCCUCUCUGCCUACACAACAGCUCCCUGUUUGCACUUCAGAACCUCCAGCCUUGGACUGAGAACACGGCGAAAAUCAGCAGCGUGUCUUGCGAAUAAC